AGUAAUCAAAAAGAGGAAACUGUUAUUGAAAAGAAUGGAAUUCCGUUCAAUAAAAGCAGUUUAACUCACAGACAAGAACUGAAGAACCAAACAAGGAGGCAUCCAUAUUUCAAGAUCUCUUCAGAAGAGGUAUCAAUAGUCAACAUGGAACAGAAAGCUUGUGAGUCAAAUAAUGAAGAUCUUUUAUCAAGUAGUGGCAUCACAUCCAACGGAGGUCCUUCAAGUCCAUUUUUUGUGUCUUCUCUUCGUGGUACAAUAAUUGAAAACACAUCUUCACCUGGGACUUUGACACAGAUUCCGUUUUUCCCUAAAUAUGAAGCGGAACUUGAUUCUCAUAGAAAAGUCAUUCCUUAUCCUGGAAAGGACCACAUUGAACGUGUUUUGGAAGAAUAUUCACAUCAAGUCAAAGAUUUGCAGAGAAAAUUAAAUGAAAGCAAUGAACUACAUGACAAACAAAAGUUUUACUUAAGACAGUCGGUCAUUGACUUACAAACAAAACUUCAGGAGAUGCAAAUGGAGAGAGAUGCCAUGGCUGACAUCAGACGAAGGGAGAGUCAAUCCCAGGAGGAUUUAAGAAAUCAGCUUCAAAAUACAGUUCAUGAACUUGAAGCUGCCAAAUGCCUUAAGGAGGACAUGCUGAAAGACAGCAACACACAGAUAGAGCAGCUGAGAAAAAUGAUGCUUAGUCAUGAAGGAGUGCUUCAAGAAAUCCGAUCCAUCCUAGUUGACUUUGAAGAAGCCUCAGGCAAGAAAAUAUAUGAACACGACAGCAUAUCUACUAUGCACUUCCGCAGCUUGGGCUCAGCUAUUAGUAAAAUUCUAAGAGAAUUAGACACAGAGAUUUCUUAUCUUAAAGGGAGGAUAUUUCCAGUAGAGGAUCAGCUUGAAGCACUGAAAUCUGAAUCACAGAGCAAAAUAGAACUACUUCUUCAACAGCAUCAAGAUAGGAUUGAGCAGUUAAUAAGUGAACAUGAAGUUGAAAUAACAGGACUUACCGAGAAAGCUAGCAGUGCUCGAAGCCAAGCCAAUAGUAUCCAGAGCCAACUGGAAAUCAUUCAAGAACAAGCAAGAAACCAAAAUUCCAUGUAUAUGCGUCAGCUCAGUGAUCUGGAAUCCACUGUUUCUCAGCUACGUUCAGAAUUAAGGGAAGCCAAAAGGAUGUAUGAAGACAAGAUAGAGGAACUGGAGAAGCAGCUAGUCCUUGCCAGCUCAGAGCUAACAGAAGCACGCACCGAACGUGACCAGUUCAGUCAGGAGUCCGGAAAUCUGGACGAUCAACUUCAAAAGCUGUUGGCUGAUCUGCACAAGAGAGAGAAGGAGCUGAGUCUGGAGAAGGAGCAGAACAAGCGCCUGUGGGACCGAGACACGGGCAACAGCAUCACCAUCGACCACCUGCGGCGGGAGCUGGACGACCGCAACAUGGAGGUGCAGCGGCUGGAAGCCCUGCUCAAGGCCAUGAAGAGCGAGUGCCAGGGCCAGAUGGAGCGGCAGAUGGCAGCAAUUCAGGGAAAGAACGAAAGUCUAGAGAAAGUGUCCUCAUUGACUGCUCAACUUGAAUCCACCAAGGAGAUGCUCCGCAAAGUGGUGGAGGAGCUGACAGCCAAAAAAAUGACCCUGGAGAGCUCUGAGAGGACCGUAUCGGACCUGACUACUUCCCUCCAGGAAAAGGAGAGAGCCAUCGAGGCCACCAAUGCAGAGAUCACCAAGCUGCGCUCCCGGGUAGACUUGAAAUUGCAGGAGCUCCAGCACCUGAAAACUGAAGGGGACCACCUCAGAAACGUGCAGACAGAAUGUGAGGCCCUCAAGCUGCAGAUGACCGAGAAGGACAAGGUGAUCGAGAUUUUGCGACAGCAGAUUGAAAACAUGACGCAGCUGGUGGGCCAGCAUGGCAGGACUGCAGGUGCUAUGCAGGUUGAAAAAGCUCAGCUUGAGAAGGAGAUCAAUGACCGGAGACUGGAGCUACAGGAAUUUAAGAUUUUAAAAGAUAAAAAGGAUGCAAAGAUUCGGGAGCUUGAGGCCAGGGUGAGCGACCUGGAGCUGGAAAAAGUGAAGCUGGUGAAUGCAGGCUCUGAGCGGCUCCGGGCUGUGAAGGACAUCAAACAAGAGCGAGAUCAGCUGUUAAAUGAAGUGAAAACCAGUAGGAGUGAAUUAAACAACCUUUCAGAGGACUAUGAAGUCUUAAAGAGGAAUUUUCGAAACAAAAGUGAAGAAAUGGAAACAACUACAAAUAAACUGAAGAUGCAAUUGAAAUCUGCACAAUCUGAACUUGAGCAAACAAGAAACACUUUAAAGUCCAUGGAAGGAUCUGAUGGUCACGCUAUGAAAGUGGCAAUGGGAAUGCAAAAGCAAAUCACAGCCAAAAGAGGUCAGAUAGAUGCUCUUCAGAGCAAGAUACAGUUUUUGGAAGAGGCUAUGACAAAUGCAAAUAAGGAGAAACAUUUCUUGAAAGAAGAGAAGAGUAAACUCAGCCAGGAAUUGAGUACUGUUGCAACAGAAAAAAACAAAAUGGCGGGGGAGCUAGAAGUUCUGAGAUCUCAGGAGCGCCGUCUGAAAGAAAAGGUGGCCAAUAUGGAAGUGGCUCUUGACAAGGCAUCUUUGCAGUUUGCAGAAUGUCAAGACAUCAUCCAGCGCCAGGAACAAGAAUCUGUGCGCCUAAAACUGCAGCACACUCUGGAUGUAAAGGAACUUCAGGGCCCUGGGUUUACUUCAAAUUCUUCCGUGAAACCACGCCUGCAGCCGUCAUCUGUGGCCCGUUCCCAUUCUAAUGUACCCUCUUCCCAGUCCACAGCCAGCUUCCUGUCUCAUCAUUCUAUGAAAGCCAAUGCGCUGAAAGAAGACCCUACAAGGGACCUGAAGCAGCUGCUCCAAGAGCUGAGAAGUGUGAUCAAUGAGGAGCCCGCCGUGCCUCUGAGCAAGACCGAGGAUGAUGCGAGAACACCGUCUCUAGGCCCCCUGGGCGUGGCUGUAGAAGGUGGUAGAGGAAGAGAUUGUGUGACUGAAUCAAGCCUGAGAAUAGACAUAUGCCAUAGAAGCAACAACUCAUUAAGGGACUCCACUGAAGGCAGCAAAUCAAGUGAAACUCUUAGCAGAGAGCCAGUCACGCUACACGCAGGAGUGGAGGAUCCCUCUAGUUGCUUCACAUUCCCUUCCACAGUAAGUCCAUCUGUGAAAAAUUCAGCUUCUCGUUCAUUCAAUUCUUCUCCAAAGAAGUCCCCAGUACACUCACUCCUAACUAGUUCGGCUGAAGAAUCAGUGGGUUCCACAUCGCAAUACAGACCCACCAAAGCUAUUCAUUCCCCCGAUUCUGUCAAAGAUUCACAGUCUCCGCCACUGGAAACAACAGGGAAAACGUGCAGGAAGCUGCAGAACAGACUGGAAAGCUUGCAGACCCUGGUAGAAGACUUACAGCUCAAGAACCAAGCAAUGUCUUCAAUGAUCAGAAAUCAAGAAAAGAGGAUACAAAAAGUAAAAGACCAGGAAAAAAUGCUACUAAAAUGAUGCGUUGCUUGCCUAUUCUUUAUGGAGGGAUGAUGCCUGAUUAAUUGUGGUGUUAUUUAUAAUUAGUGCCCUGUGUACUUUUUUCUUUUUAUGUAAAAAUUUAAUAAAAGAUACCCUGUCCUGUAAGCUAUUUUGAAAUAAACUAUUCUUGAAUGCUCUUAUAGUAAAACUUCAGAUAAUGCUAGAUUUGGAAGUAUUCAGACAUUAUAACAUAUUCAUUUGUGCUAAUUCCAGUGUAUCGAAGUAACUGUGUUUUAUUAUACUUACUGGUCUUGAGACAAUAGAGCCAUUUUUUUCUGCUUUAAAAAUCUUUGGUAGGAAAACUACUUUCCGAGGGAGGUGAAAGAUGUGGGUAAUCCCAAGGACAAACUCUAGCAUGACAGGGACUCCUCAGUGACCCUGAACUCGCUGUCUGUCCUGUCAACAUCA